CAGAGUGCGCGGAGAUGUACUAACACAUCCUUACAGGGAAGCAAGUUCAGCACCACACCGGCUCCUAGCUCUCCCCGCAGGGCUCUCUCCCAUUCCCCCUGAGUGCACUCACCGCACAGCCCCUGGCUGACAGCGUUCUUGGCAUCUGUGGCUGCAUUGCACCUUGUGUGUCUGUCUCUCCGGGUAUUUCUUGUCUCUGGGAUGGAGAAGUAUUUGCCCCAGCUGCUGGCUGAGAAGGACGCCCUGGAUCCCUCAUUCACUCAUGCUAUCAGGAUGGUCAAUGAAGAAAUUGAAAAAGUCCAGAAAGGAGAGGAGAGCAAUGAAGACCAGUACAUAGAUGUUGUAAUCAAUAAAAAUAUGAAACUCGCCCAGAAAGUCCUAAUCCCUAUUAAACAGUUUCCCAAGUUUAACUUUGUUGGGAAGCUUUUGGGUCCACGUGGAAAUUCUCUGAAGCGAUUACAAGAAGACACUCUAACGAAAAUGUCUAUUCUCGGGAAGGGUUCCAUGAGAGACAAGGCAAAGGAAGAGGAACUGAGGAAAAGUGAAGAAGCUAAAUAUUUCCAUCUUAACGAUGACCUACACGUCCUUAUUGAGGUCUUCGCUCCUCCAGCAGAAGCAUAUGCCAGAAUGGGGCAUGCACUGGAAGAAAUAAAGAAAUUUCUUAUUCCUGAUUAUAAUGAUGAAAUCAGGCAGGCACAGCUACAAGAACUCACAUAUCUAAACGGUGGUUCAGAAAAUGCAGAGGUCCCAGUGGUUAGGGGAAAACCACCACUCCGUGCUCGUGGAGCUCCUGUCCCUGCAUUGGCCAGGGGCCGGAGAGGCGCACCACCCCCAGCUGCUGGUGUACCUAGAGGUGCACCUGCUCCUAGAGGAGUUACCCCAGCGAGGGUAUCAUCUUCACGUGCACGUGGACUCAUGUCUACAAGAGCAAGAGGAAUACCUCCACCCGCUGGAUACCGGCCCCCACCUCCUGCACAGGAUACAUACGGAGAAUAUGAUUAUGAUGAUGGAUAUGGAACGGCCUACGAUGAACAGAGCUAUGAUUCUUACGAAAAUAACUACAACUCACAAGGACAGAACACAGCAGAUUAUUAUGACUACGGACAUGGGAUCGGAGAGGAAUCUUAUGACUCGUAUGGGCAAGAAGACUGGGCAAACUCAAGACACAAGGCUGCAUCGGCAAGAGUCACAAAAGGAAGCUACAGAGACCAGCCAUAUGCAAGAUACUGAUUGUACAGUCUGACGUUGUGAAUUAUCCAUUCUUCUCCAGCCCUGUAUACUGUUCAAAGUAAUUUUUUUCUAUGAACACUCCCUUUAUAAAAAAAAAAGUUCUAAUUCUGUGAAUGGAUGGACUCAACCUAAACUUUUUUUUUCUUUUUCUUUUUUGAAAUACCAAAUGAAAAGAUACAAAACAAGCUGUAAAAAAAAAAUGUUAUUUCUAGUCUGUAUUUGAAAAUAGGUGGGGAUCAAAAGAAUGAAUUUAACUUUUGAUUAACUAGUGUUAAACAAGUUAGGUUUACUAAAUAUGUUAAUCUAUUCUUUUAACAUAAGCGUAACCUUUUUAUUUUAAAGGUUUUGAACAAACUUUAUUUUAUUUUAUUUUUUUAGUUCUCAGCUUUACUUUAACAAUUUGCUACCUUUUCUCUUGUAAAACUGCAUAAAGGAGAAAACUACAAAUGCAAAUGUGGUAUCUUUUUGUAACGAGUCUUGAACAUGUACUGUAGUGUUGAGCAAAUUUUACUGUUGCUUAAUACUAAAUAAACUUUUGAAGGAAAA